ACUCGAAUUCGUAUUUAUCAAAGAGUAGAUACUGAAGAUUGUGAUCGUGGUUUCGUAAGGUGGCUCGUGACCGGUUUUGAAAUCGCUCCGAGAUAGACCUUCAUUGUUUCGCGUCGAUAAGCUGUUGUUUAAUGCAUUUACUCGUGCAAACAGUUACGCUUCUAUUCGCAGAAACUUUAUGACGCAUAAUUUACUAAACUUACUGAUUUAAUAAACUUAGUCGAAACAAGUUUUCACUUGCAAACUUUUAAUCGAAGAUUCUUCUCGUGAACAUUUGAUCGGUCGACUCGAACGUACAUCUUAAUUUGUUGGUCAAGGUUUUGGAGGGAAGGCGCGACAUAAAACGUCUGGAACGUACAACUUUCACUGUAGUCUAUGUUUCUUUUUGUAUGCAAAUUGCACGAGACGAUUCGCUCGGGACGCUCUAUUAAUCCCGCGAGAAAACAAAACUCCACGCGAGAUAGAACCACGCUUACGUCUUGGUGAAUGUACCGUGGUAUGCAAACCACGAGAUUCUCUUCUUUUUUUUUCGUUUUUUACGUAGUCAACGAGCCUGAUCGCGAGUAACACGAUUCCGUCGAUCGUUCGGCACGGUUGUUCGUGACAUCGAUCGUUCACCCGCUUGAUCCGUCUUGCGUUACACCGGUUACGUGCUAUACGACGCUCCACUUUCCAUAGAUUAUGAGACGCAGUCGAUCGUUUCUAUGUCUGGAAACUCUCUCUUCAUGCACAUCUCGGCUCAUAAAUAUGUAUUAGGACUACCGUGUUUCUUGUUAUUUGAUUUUAGAUUCUCAUUCAGAUUUCAGAUGAACUUGUCUGGGUUUCUUGUUUAAUUCGUUUAACAUGUUUUCGACGAGGUUUAGAGAACUGUCAGAUGCGACAGAUAAUUUAACAGGGGGAACAAACUUCACCAUAGGAUUUGUCGAAUUAUUUUUAUCAAAAUAUAAAUUUGCAUAAAAAUCCAUUUACUCGUCACGCUUUUCUUCAACUGUUGCGAACAAUUUUUACAAAUUUUUAGGUUGUUACUUUCCAUAAACGCAAAAUUCUGGUUUAUUAUCGUUGAUAUUAUCUUGUCCGUUAACUCGAGCGAUUAUCAUGCUUUGCAUAAAGUCAGGAUGCGUCUCAAUAUCUGUGAAUGGGCUUGUAUAACGUUCAAACAGUGGUACAAAACUAGCUAUUUAACAGGCGGAACAAUCUUCACCUUAGGAUUUGUCGAAUUAUUUUCAUCAAAAUAUAAAUUUGCAUAAAAAUCCAUUUACUCGUCACGCUCUUCUUGUAACUGUUGCUAACAGCUUCUACAAAUUUUUAAGUUGUUACUCUUCAUAAGCGCAAAAUUCUGGUUUAUUAUCGUUGAUAUUAUCUUGUCCGUUAACUCGAGCGAUUAUCAUGCUUUGCAUAAAGUCAGGAUGCGUCUCAAUAUUUGUGAAUGGGCUUGUAUAACGUUCGAACAGUGGUACAAAACUAGCUAUUUAACAGGCGGAACAAUCUUCGCCAUAGGAUUUGUCGAAUUAUUUUCAUCAAAACAUGAAUUUACAUAAAAAUCCAUUUACUCGUCACGCUCUUCUUGUAACUGUUGCGAACAGCUUCUACAAAUUUUUAAGUUGUUACUUUUCAUAAACGCAAAAUUCUGUUUUAUUAAUCGUUGACUAGUCGUUAAUAUUAUCUUGCUAUUUCGAGCGAUUAUCAUGCUUUGCAUAAAGUCAGGAUGUGUGUCAAUAUUUGUGAAUGGGCUUGUAUAACGUUCGAACAGUGGUAUCAAACGGAAAUAUCGUUUUGUUAAUUUAGGUUAAUCUAAUUGUAAUUGAACAAUGAAGUAGGAUUUGAUAUUCAGCCAUGCCCACGAAGAGUCUGCAAGCAGUGGAUAUCUUAGAAGCCCUCGAAUCGAAGCUCGCGUACAUUCCAGGAGGUCGUGAUCGCGAAGGAAGACCUUUGAUAGUGGUUAAUGUUCCCUCAGAACUUCAACCGACCACGAAGCCCAGGUUGGAAACGCUGAUCGCCUAUUUCUUGUCAAUUUUUAGCGAGGAGACGAAGAAAAAUGGAUUGGUGUUGAUAGUGGACGCGCAAAGAGGUGCAUGGCGCGUGGCAAGGUCUUGCAUUAGGCUAUCUACUAUACUUCUGGGAGCUUCUGCAGCUUCUGUGAUAGUAGUGCGUCCAGACGGUUUCUGGGAUAAGAGAGUGGACAGCUGUACGAAGUCCCACAAAGAAGGAGAGCCGACGUAUCUCACCCUGACGAGGCUCCAGCUUCACAUUGACUAUGCCCAGCUGGCGUACGAACUGGGUGGCAACAAGCCAUACGAUCACGCGGACUGGAUCCAGAAACGCGUGAAAGUGGAAGACUACACUAAAGAUGCAGCCGAUCUUGUUACAAAAAUGACUGACCUACACCAAAGACUGAUGAUCACUUUGGAUGGAUUUCGGAUGUCAGAAUCGGAUGAUGAUUUGGAAUCCUAUUCGAGGAUGAGCAACGAUUUAACAUCUCAGGCGCAACAUGUUCUUCAGUCAGGCAGAAAUUUAGUCAGUUCGAUGAGCAGAGAAUCUACGAAGGACACUUUGGACACCUCGAUAAAAAUUUACGAGCUCAUCGAUUCCAUCGAAUUGAAACAGCUGGACAUUGAAAACUCCUGGUCAGAAAUGGAAAGAAAUUUGGACACAGCCAGGGUAAUCGGUGACCUCGAGAAGGGCGUGUCGCGUGUUACGGAUUGGAUCCUGGGACCAGCGGAUGCUAUGUUGAACUCUUGUUGUCAAGUCGGAUUCGACGUCUCUUCCUCGGAGGAACUUCGUAGACGACACGAAGAAUUGGAAUUAGAAUGCAGGGAAACUUAUGGACGUUACGCGGAAUUGCUUCACAAAAUCGAUAGUUUACCAAGCACGCGUUUAUCGGAAGACUUGAAAUCUCAGAGAGACUUCAUGGACUUCGUGUGUAGAAGCUUCGCAAACAGACUCGAGAGACGACGAAACGUGUUAAUCACUUCUCAAAGAUUUUUUAGACUAGUUUCUGAGUACUUUGACAAAACGAGCGAGGUGUUCGACAAAUUAGUAAUGGGUAAUAGAACUCAUGACUUUUCUCAAGCUUCAGUGAAUCUUCUAAAAUUGGAACAGAGUCAAGCAAUUUUAGAAACUUUAGAGUGCGAGUUGGUAAAGGAAGGUGAAAAAUUGUCAGAUAUUUUGUCAAUGCCCGUGAAGGAUGCGCUAGGUCGAGACGUGCACGUUGACUAUGGCGAGGACAUAGUGAAUGUCAGAGAUAUUUUGGAUGCAACAAACGCUAGGAAAAACAUUUUCAAUGACAGUGUCGAGUUCCAAAAACUGUCUCUAAAACAAAUCGCUUUAAUAUAUACUUACGAAAGUGACGCUAAACAGGCUGUAAUAUGGUUGAACGAUUUAUAUGAUGUUCUGUUAAAAAAUCAUAUGGAAAUCGGUUGCAACGCGAUCGAAAUACAGUCACAAAAGGAAGAACAUCAAUCGUUUCAGGAAACUGCUAAGGGGACUUAUGACUAUGGUUGUCAAUUAGUGAACGGUGCUCAAGUACUAAGAUUAUCCUGCAGGCUACCACUGGAAAGUAACGCGGCUCUGUUCUCAAGGCUGCGUCAGGCUUGGAAGCAGCUUCGAUCCGUUGGCCAAGAACAACUAACCAGGCUGAGAGUGUGCGCUGUUUUCCAUAGAAGCGUCGAAGAUCACUGUUCGAAGCUACACGACUUGAUCAAGACCGUGGCAUCGCUUCGUCGAUCCUUGAAACCAGAAGACCUAGCCGCAGAAGCCCGAGCCAAGGCCGAGAUAAGAGACAUCCUGAAUAAUCGAGAAAAGCUUCUCCUCGAGGUUGGACGAAUGGUGAGGCUGGGUCGUCUCUUGAGAACACGGUUGAAGGAACCUCUCUGUCAUCAACGGCAAGUACGACCGCGAUCAUGCAUGUUUCGAAAGAAAUUCUCGGCGUUAGUCAACGCCGAUGAUUAA